CAGAACUGAUUGUCUGACGCACCGACCACAUCUCUCCCACCGGCUUCAUUGUAUUUACAGGAACUGACCUUGCUUUGAGCUUACAAAGCUGAUUUUACAUAAGAAGAACACUUCUCGCUCCUCUUGCAGUUGAAUGGAAAUAAAAGAGAUUCUGUGACCUUGGAAGAUGAAGAUGUUGUUGCCAUGGGAACUCUUAAUCCUGCUGUCACUCAAGAGCUGCCUAGCAGAGAGAAUUAUUCGACAUGGCCCAGUAUUCACCCAAGAGCCCAGUGACAGUGUGUUCCCUUUAAGUGCUGAGGACAACAAGAUAUUUAUCAACUGCAAAGCCAAGGGAAGUCCAGCACCUCAUUACAAGUGGAAAUUCAAUGGGGAAGACCUUGACAUGGACUUCAAUUACAGUCUUGUUGAGGGAAACCUAUUGAUCAAUAAACCACAGGCAACUAAACAUGGAGGUGUUUACCAAUGCAUCGUCACUAAUGCUUUUGGAACCAUCCUCAGCCGAGAGGCAAAAGUGGAAUUUGCAUAUCUGCAGAAUUUCAGCAGCAAGGUCAGGAGUCCAGUGCUAGUGAGGGAGGGACAGGCUGUUGUGCUCCUGUGUGGUCCACCACCCCAUUUUGGAGAAAUCAGAUACUCCUGGAUAUUUAAUGGCCGCCCCAGCAUAGUCGUUGGAGAUAACCGUCGUUUUGUGUCUCAGAGGACUGGAAACUUGUAUAUUGCUAAGGUUGAGACGUCAGAUGUGGGUAACUACACAUGUGUGGUGAAGAAUAUGAUCGCCAACACAACCGUCUACAGCUCCCCGACUCCAGUAGUGCUACGGCGGGAUGCUGUAAUGGGGGAAUAUGAGCCGAAGAUUGAAGUCCAGUUUGAAAAAAUCCUCCACAUUGCCAAAGGAUCCUCAGUUAGACUGGAGUGCUUCGCUUUAGGAAAUCCAGUGCCUACUAUCUCCUGGAAGAGGGCAGAUGGAAGCCCUUUCCCUGGAAAGAUGAAGAUAAAUCAUUCCAAUGGGGUCCUGGAGAUCCCAUAUUUCCGUCCAGAGGAUGCUGGGCUUUAUGAGUGUGUGGCUGAAAACUCCAAAGGACGUAGUGUUGCAAAAGGACGUCUUGAAUUUCAAAAUGUCGAACACCUGCAGUGGUCGCAGACUCUGUUUGAUGCAAACAUGGCUAUUGAGGCUGAUCUUCAAUGGGAGUGUAAAGCUAAUGGCAAACCUCAACCUGUUUACAGAUGGCUUAAGAAUGGACAGCCGUUGGUCUCCGAGGACAGAAUUCGUGUUGAUGGUGGCAGGUUAACCAUCUCCAACAUAAACCUGAUAGACUCUGGCAUGUAUCAGUGUUUGGCAGAGAAUGAGAAUGGAGUCAUAUAUGCCAGCGCAGAGCUCAAAGUUGUAGCCUCUCCUCCAGACUUCUCCAAGAACCCAUUGAGGAAGACCACGCUGAUCCAGAGAGGCGGGGAGGCUAUCAUUGAAUGCCGACCACACGCGUCCCCCAGAGCAUCUUACUUUUGGAGGAAAGGCAACGAGUUUCUGAAAGACAGCAAGAGAUGUACCAUUUUAGAGGAUGGCACCCUCAGGAUUACCAACGUUACCAAAUCGGAUGCAGGCAGGUACAUUUGUGUGGCCAGAAACCCCUUUGGCACAUCCAGCAGUAGCGGCACUUUAGUGGUCAAAGAACCAACCAAGAUUACAGUCCCUCCACUAAGUAUGGAUGCCACAGUAGGGGAGAGCAUUGUCCUGCCAUGUGAAGUAUCUAAAGACUCCACUCUACACCCCACCUUCAAGUGGUUCUUCAAUGGGAAACUCAUCGAUUUCAGUAGACAUGACCAUUUUGGAAUGAUUGGAGGGGGGUCAUCUGGGGAUCUUAUGAUCAGAAACAUACAGCUGAAGCACUCUGGAAAGUACGUCUGCAUGGUGCAUACAGCAGUGGACAGUGUGUCCGCAGCAGCAGACCUAAUUGUCAGAGGGCCCCCUGGAGCACCAGUGGGUGUGUUGGUGGGGGACGUCACAGAUAGGACCGCUCAACUCUCAUGGGGCCCGGGGCCAGACAACUACAGUCCCGUUACCCUCUACAUCGUGCAAGCCAGGACGCCAUUCUCUAUUGGCUGGCAAGCAGUCAAAACUGUUCCUGAUUCUGUGCCUGGACAGAUGAUUCAUGCAACAGCGGUGGAUCUGAAUCCGUGGGUAGAUUAUGAAUUUAGAAUUGUGGCUAUCAACAGCGUGGGGGUGGGGGAGCCCAGCGUGCCAUCCAAACCCGUUCGCACCAAAGCUGCUGAUCCUGAAGUUACUCCAGCUAACGUAAGUGGAGGUGGCGGCAGCCGAGGCGAACUCGUGAUUGUUUGGGAGCCUGUGCCAGAGGAGAUGCAAAAUGGUGACAAAUUUGGAUAUGUCGUGGCGUUUCGGCCACUUGGCAGCUCGACAUGGAAACAGAGCGUGCUGGCCUCAGCCGAUGCGUCACGAUAUGUUUUUAAAAAUGACAGUUUUCCGGCACUCACUCAGUUUGAAGUAAAAGUCGGCGUCUACAACAACAUCGGAGAGGGACCGUUUAGCCCUGUGGUCAUUGUGCAUUCAGCAGAUGAAGAACCUUCAGUAACUCCUUCAAGAGUAUGGACUCGCACUCUAUCAGCAUCUGAGAUCGAGGUGUUCUGGGAACCUGUCCACCAAACCAGCAGUAAAGGAAGGAUAACAGGCUAUGAGGUGCAGUGGUUGGAGGAUGGGUCACCAGAAAGUGAUGCAGAGAGAGUGAGAGUUACAGAAAGCUCAGUCAAUAUCACCGGUCUGAAGGGAAGCACACUAUAUCUGGUGUCAGUCAGAGCACACAACAACGCGGGCACCGGACCCUCCAGUGCCCCCAUCAGCAUCAUCACCAAGAAACCACCUCCAAGUCAACCUCCAGGGAACAUUGAGUGGAACCUGACAAACUCAAAGGUCUUUCUGAACUGGGAACAUGUGAAGGCGAUGGACAAUGAAUCAGAAGUAACCGGCUACAAGGUUGUGUACCGUCAGAACUGGCACAGGGGAAGCAGCAUAGUGGAGACCAACAGGACAUCCGUGGAGCUUCAGUUGCCGUCAGGAGAAGACUUGCUUGUUCAGAUUAAAACCCUGAGUGAUGGGGGAGACGGCAGCAGCAGCAGCCCUAUACGUAUACCAAAGAAGUCAAGCCUGAACUCAAAAGGAUACUUUAGUUCUGAUGCGAACAAGAUGGUCCAUGUUCAUGGAGUCAUUUUUGUGAUGAUGUCAUGGUUGUUUUUGUAGAAGUUUGCCUUUACUUAGCACAUACUGUACUUCUAAAAAGUUGGUUCGUUACAUUUUAUUUUAUUUUUUAAGAAGAAAAAUGGUGACUGCUCCAUUGCCUUAUAUUGUGAUGUUUUUUGUUUUUGCUUUUUUACCUCUUUGACAAACUAUUUGUCCUUUUAUAUGUAGAUUAUAUGCAAAGAAGCAAGCUUUCUCAUAUAGCUACUUAUGUUGCUUGUGUGUUCAGAAUUGAGAUUCAAAACAAACACAUCUUGAAUCAUAUAAUGCAGUAGUGACGUGGGAUGUUGGAUCUCCAACAGAAUAGCUUUGAUUCUUGAUUAUACCUAUGAUGUUUGUUUUCUGAUACACAACUGGAGUGGGUCAAAGAAGUCAAAGUGUGUGUGUGUGUGUGUGUGUGUGUGUGUGUGAGAGAGAGAGAGAGAGAGAGAGAGAGAGAGAGAGAAAGAGAGAGAGAAGGCCAUUUAGAUAGGUUACAUGCAUUCCGUUAUUUUUCUUAAGCUUAACAUUUAGAAAAGUUACUGUUUCACAGAGUAGCAACAAUUUGUUAAAACAUAGUUUCUAGAUACUUGCACAGAUCUCUUGCUGCUCUGAUAUUUUCUGAAAAAAUAAAAAUAAAAAUACUUUAAAAAGUUUUGAUGAUCAAAUUACUUUAAAUUCAUCCCUCAAAACUUAAUCAGUUUAUUUAAGAUAUAUUUUUGAUCAUUCUGAUCAUAAACAUUUACAUUUAGUCAUUUAGCAGAUGCUUUUAUCCAAAGCGACUUACAAAUGAGACUCGUAGCAAGCAACUUGUCAUACAAAGUUUAACAACAUCUGCAGGAUAGGACUGCCAAGUUCUCACAGUGGCAGAAGUAGUAAAGAUGCUAGCACAUAAGAAAGAGACAGACAAGGAAUUUUUUUUUUUUUUGGUACAGUAAGUGCAUGUCGAGAAAAGUAACAGCAGAUCAUGUGGAGGUUGGAAGUUGAUUCCACCACAGAGGAGCAGAGAAAGUGAACGAUCGUUAAAUAGACUUUGAGCCUCUUUGUGAUGGGACCACCAGGCGUUGCUCGUUCAUAGACCACAGAGAGUGAGUUGGAGCAUAGACCUGAAGAAGUUGAUUGAAGUAAGAGUGUGCGGUUCCAUUGGCUGUCCUGAAAGCCAGAGUCAAAGCCUUGAAUUUGAUGCGGGCAGCUACAGGUAGACAGUGGAGUGAAAUCAAGAGUAGGCUGACAUGAGCCCUUUUUGGCUGAUUGAAGACCAGAUGUGUCAACAUCAAACAUCAAAACAGAUCCCUAUCUUAUAAGUCUUAGAUGAUUCAUCAUGUUUGUUCCUUUUAUCUAUAAUCUUUUUGCAAACAUAUUUUUAGUUUGUGUGCUUGAAGACUGGAUCAAAGCUAAAAGUACCAGUCAUCAGGACUUUAUUGACAUUGCCACUGGCCGUUUAUUUUCUAAAUAUCAGAAUGCAUUUGCCUAAAAGAAGUGUUUCAAUAUUGUCUGCAGUGUUUAUCAGGUUGUCAAGAAGUAGUGACCAUAAACACUGAAAACUGAUUUAUUUGCUUUUAUUUUAUUGUAUUUUAUUUAUUUAUCGAUAUUGGUUUAAGAUGUUGUUUGUUUUUAAUCAAAAUUUUUUAUGAAUUUAUAAUUUACAUGAUAGGAUCCACAUUGUUAUUUUGCGUUAUUUUGAAAUUUUAUAAAUGUAACAUUUGUCUUUAUUUUCUCUUAUGUAAGU